AUGUGGGAUAUUUUCCCCAUUCAGCUCAUUCAACAGAGAAGUGCAUAUCCAUUUGGAACAGCCAUCAAACUGGAUAAGUUUAACGUUCCUGCCUAUCAGUUUUUCACAGAUUUCGUGCUGAGACAUUUUAAUUGGGCAGUUAUAGCAAACAAACUGAAAUGGUACGGAAUAGAGAGGAUUCAGGACCGCAGUCAAUAUUCUGAAUCACUUGCCGCACUCAAAGUACUGGAAAGCCACGGAAUAAAGUCUCGCGGACACAAUAUGUUUUGGGGCGUGGACAAGUUCGUCAAUUCCUGGCUUUACAGUAUGUCACCGUCCGAACUGGUCGCUGAACUACAAUCUCACGUACAGGAAGUCAUCAACAACACGAAAGGAAGACUUGCGCACUGGGAUGUCAACAACGAAAAUCUCCAUGGUGACUGGUAUGAACGCAAUACGACGGACCCAGAUAUCACACCUAAAAUGUUUCAGUGGAUUCACUCCCAGGAACCGGAAACUAAGUUAUUCCUGAAUGAUUACUCCGCCAUACCAAAACCUGACCUAACAACAGCUAUCAAGAAUCAAGCUGUCCGAUUUCUUCAAAAUAACAUACCCAUUCAUGGUAUCGGGGUACAAAGUCAUUUCUACACUACGGUUAUCGAUAUGGAUGCAAUAAAGUACAGAUUGGACAAACUGGCCGAGGCAGGACUGGACAUAUGGGCGACGGAGCUAACGGUGGAUGAAGUUGAUGACGUCAAAAAAGCAGAUGCCCUGGAGAAACUCCUGACCAUGUACUUCAGUCACCCGUCGGUGGGCGGGGUCAUUCUUUGGCAUUUUUGGAAUGAAUCUCUAUGGCAUCCCAACGAGAAUCUGUUUGAUGGACCGGAUAUCAAGCCUAAUGCAGCUGGCCAGAAGUUUCUGGACCUUGUCCACGGGGCGUGGAAAUCUAACAUCAGUGAAGGUGUGAUUCCCGGACAGACUUACAACAUCACAGCGUUCUUAGGAGAAUACAUUCUGAACGUUAAACACAACGGUCAAGUCCUACAUCAACAGAACUUUACACUAGACUCCGCGGGACGGGACAUCACUGUCUAUUUAUCAGAUGACCAGCGAAGCGUUUCACGAGUCCAGUUUAGCGCAUGGAUUCCUUACAGGGGACAGUGUGUAACGUCCCAGGGGAGACGACUGUUGGCUAUCCCUAAGAUUGUUAUUCUGUGUAUUUGUUUGCUGCCUGCCUUUGUUGCAAUGCUUUCCGGAUGAUUUUCUUGUGAUACUACACUUGUCCUUCGGUUACCUUCUGGACAGUAAGCCUGUUACCCUCUACAUUGUGUGCUUGACCUUCAGUCAUCCUGUGUUCGAACUACUUGACUUUAAGUUACCCUUUCCAAUUUACUUCCAGUUAGCUUCUGGAUAGUGAGCUUAAACUUCAGUUACUAUCCGGAUAUUGCGAUUGAUCUUCGGUUACUUUCUGGAUAGUGUACUUGACCUUCGGUUUCCCUCUGGAUCGUGCACUUGACCAUCAAUUAUCAUCUAUAUUUUCUUUGAAGUGUUGUGGUGUCAAUGCAGAAAUUUUGAUAACAUGGUACUGUUUCAUUUCGACAUAGAUUAGAUUAAAUAUAUAGACAUUUGUAGGUAUUCGGUACUGUGUAUGAUAUAAAGCUGAAAACCUGACCCUGAGAUCAUUAUCCACGUUUUGCUAUAAUAGCGUUUAGUCACAGUUUUUUGUUUGUUUGUUUGUGAAUUUAUGUGAACUUUGACCUCGUAUAUCUCUUUGAGGUCAUCGAAUACCAUGACAAAUUUUAUAAAACAAAUUGCUCCCUGUC